AUGCCUAUAAUAUUAAAUAAAUCAAGAUUAUACAAUGAGAAAACUAAACAAAAUCCAAAAAACAAUAGCAUUGUAAUAUUUUCGGAUAGUAUCGGACAAGGAUUGGCGUCAAAGAUAAUAGAAAAAACUGAAUUUCAAGCAAUUAACAACUGUAAACCGGACGCAGGAUUUCAAAAUAUAUUAGAAAACUAUGGCGAAAAGAUUAAAGAUCUCGAAAAAAAAGAUACAAUAGCAGUACUUGUCACUAAAUAUGAAAGUUCUCUUUAUCAUAAUCAACAAAAGUACAUAAAACUAUUGGACGAUAUUGUAAACCUGCCUUAUAGGAAAUUUAACAUGAUAAUUAUUGGUUUGCGUUAUAAUGGCAGGAAUGACAACGAGAUUCACUAUAUCAAUAAUCAGAUACUUAACAUAGCGAAAAUAUCAAAUUUCUGGACCCGAAUAUGA